UAACCAAAUACCUGCAUAGUGCAUAUCUAAACACGUUCAUUAUUCAUGCAUCACAAGAAAUGACAUUCAAAACAUGUGUAAAUUCUUUUGGAGUUGUUGUAGAUGUGAGGCUACAGGGUACACGCAUGGUUUUCUGAUCUGACAUCAAGUACAGGUUCACAGUGAACAUUUCUUCAACAAUGGGCUGUUCUGCUUAUUGCUUCCACUGUCUUUUUGAUCAUGGGACACCGGUCAUUCUGGUUGUUAGUAGCAAAAAAGUGGGAUUCAUCUUCAGACUAUUGCAGCUAUGCAUCAUCCUAUAUGUUGCUGUGUAUGUCUGCUGGUAUAAACGGGCCUAUCAAGAGAGAGAAUCGGUGAUCAGCUCAGUCAGCACGAAGGUGAAAGGAAACAUUCUGACCAAUUCAUCUGCUUUUGGAACUCAUGUUUGGGACACUUCUGAAUAUGUCAUCCCACCACAGGGUGAAAACUCUUUCUUUGUUUUAACAAAUGCGAUUGUUACUCAAGGCCAAACACAGGGCAGCUGUCCUGAGAUUCCGAGUGAAUUCACUAAUUGCCAAUCAGACAGUGACUGCAACGAGGGACUCAAAGAAAUCCGUGGCAAUGGCGUUCAGACGGGCCAGUGUGUACAAUACUCUGAAACCAUCAAAACCUGUGAGGUCCUGUCAUGGUGUCCUCUGGAAAACGACACUGUCAUUCCAAAGCCUGCUCUUUUGAGCGCAGCGGAGGAUUUCACCGUGCUCAUCAAAAACAACAUUCAGUAUCCAAAGUUCAAUUUCAGAAAGCGAAAUAUUUUGCGUCACAUCAACUCCACAUACUUGAAGAACUGCACGUUCAAUCACAAAACAGACCCGCACUGCCCUGUUUUCCGUCUGGGAGACAUUGUGACUGAGGCAGGAGAAGACUUCGGUGUCAUGGCUCUCAAAGGUGGCAUUAUUGGUAUUUUCAUUGACUGGAGCUGUGACUUGGACUUCAAUGAACGCUUCUGUGUCCCCAAGUAUUCAUUCAGAAGACUCGACAACAAAAAUCCUGAAAAUAAUGUAGCCCCUGGUUACAAUUUCCGAUAUGCAAAAUAUUACAUGAACAAUGAAAACACUGAAACGCGGACACUGAUAAAGGCCUUUGGAAUCCGCUUUGAUGUCAUAGUGUUUGGGAUGGCUGGUAAAUUUAAUAUUGUGCCCACUAUUGUGAAUGUUGGGGCCGCUCUUGCCCUUCUUAACCUGAUGAAGGUCAUUUGUGACUGGUUCAUGCUUAAUUGUUUGAGCGAUAGCGAAUACUACUCCAAACACAAAUUUCAGCAUCUCAAACCAAAGGAUGAAAGUGAGACAUUUAGCUUCACAGAGCAGAGCUCAUAUGGGACUCCUUGAUGGAAUGGAGUGAACACUUAAAACCAUCAAGAUGGAAAAUGUUAUUUUCAUUUUCAUACACUAACAUUCAAAUAUUUGGGGUUUGUAAUAAAAUUUCAAUGUUUUUAGAGGUUUGCACACCAAAACAGCAUUUUUUGAACAAGAAUACAACAAUAACAAGAAAUGUGCUAAAUGAUGACAAUGGUAUGUCAACACUAUGCUGAAUCUUGCAAGCUGGCAUUGUGCUAAAUAAUGCUAACAACAUGUUUAAUAAUAUUAACAACAUGCUAAAAUGUGUUUUGU